UGAUAUUUUUUAAUCCGGUAUCAUCAAUCAAAGUUGGUCGACAUUGGUUCUUAUUGGCAUUGAUGUCAAAGAGGGAAAGUGAACAGAGUCAUUAAUGGAUGUUUUCUGAAGAUGUUUUAAGCGCCGCAAUUUAGAAGGUGGACCAUGGUGCACAUAGAGCUACGUGCACCAAAAGAACACAGUAUAUAAUUGAAAGAACAUCUGGUUACGAGAAAAGAACAUGAGUAUUUUUUUUUUUUAGGUUUUAAUAAAUAGUAAAAUAAUAAAUUAUUUUUAUAAUAAAAAAGUGAAAUAUUUUAUCGCAUGUUCUUUUGCCGUAGUGUCGUGUUCUUUUACUUAUGCACACAUGUUCUUUUGGUGCACGUAGCUCUCUAUGUACACCACGGUCCAUAGUCCACGAAUUGAAUACUGCAUGUUAAUAGCGUAAAAAAGAAAAACUAAAGAUGAAAUAAUUCCAAUAUGAAAAGAAGAGAAGAAUGGUUAAGUUUAUGAAGAUGGUUUCCGGGUAUUGAAUGCAAUGAAUUUAGAAGUAGAACGCACGAGGCUCGCGAGGUGUCACAACAAGUCAACACUCACAAAUGACAUCUCUCAUAGAGUCAUUUCCCCUUCCUUAAUUCCACAACUAUCAUUACUAAUACUCACUAUUAUGUGCUGCAGAAACUUAAUCAUCUCUGAAAUUAAACUCAAACCAAAAAAAGUUGAAUUUCGAUUUGUUCACAAUCAGUUACGUAGUAGUUUAGUUAGAUCAUCAAUGGAGUCGGCGUCAGAAACCAAGGAGUCAGCUAGUAACAAUCCAGGCCUUCAUUCUACACCUGAUGAUGCUACUAAAGGCUACAUCAUGCAGCAAACUAUGUUUCGAAUUAAAGACCCGAAACUCAGUUUGGACUUUUACUCUCGUGUACUCGGCAUGUCACUUCUUAAGAGGUUGGAUUCUCCUACGAUGAAAUUUAGCAUAUACUUCCUGGGUUAUGAGGAUGUUGCUUCAGCUCCAAGUGUUCCAGUGGACCGAACUGUUUGGACCCUCAGUAAGAAAGCUACAAUUGAACUUACUCACUACUGGGGUACGGAGAGUGAUCCUGAAUUCAAAGGUUAUCACAAUGGAAACUCAGAGCCUCGCGGCUUUGGACACAUAGGUAUUACUGUUGAUGACACUUGCAAGGCAUGCGAGAGAUUUGAACAGUUAGGUGUGGAGUUUAUAAAGAAGCCUGAUGAUGGUAAAAUGAAAGGAAUUGCAUUCAUAAAGGAUCCUGAUGGCUACUGGAUUGAAAUCUUUGAUCUUAAGACAAUUAGAAGUGUUGCUGCAGGUGCCUCUUGAGGCUUUCUUCCAGGAUUCAUCUCAUGGACUUGGCGUCACGGUCUGAAUAUUUAUUUCAUUACAGCUGCGAUUGCAAACACAUGACAAUUCGAUCAGUGUAGAUUGCUGAUGGAACUGCAGAAGGCCAUGUUUUGUGUAGUUUAUUCUCUGUAAUGCCUAAGACGCAUUUUGAGAUUCAGUUUUUUGUCUUCAUUACCGUUCAUGUUAAUCUUCCAGAGAUUGUUUGCAGUUCCCGGAGUUGUCAACCUGUUAAAGUGACUUGUUGCGCGGUAAUGUGUUGUAGCUUCUGGAAUGGGGCAGGGUUGGCCGAAUAUUUUGCAGUUUCGGGCAUGUAAUUAGGAAAUUUUGUCAAUUACAACAGGUUUUUAGUCACUUUGCAAAUUAUUAUCUAGCUUGUUAAAGUUUGUCAAUUACUACUUAAGUAUUUAGUUAUUGUUGCCAAUUACUUAUUAAGUAUUUAGUUUUUGUUGCCAA